CUUAGGUUUGCUUAGCCAAACUAUAUAUUUUCAUUAAAAAGUAGUUACUAAAGUAUACUAUUAAGGUACUUUUUUAAUAUUUAUCAUUUAAACGUUUUGUACACCCUCCAAAACCCUUCUCUUAAUAAAGUAUAUUCGGUUCGUAUUAGAAUUUCAUCUCCAUCUCCACUAUAAAUAUGGAGAUCACCAUCACUAUUCAAACACAAGUGAAACAAGGAUCCAUCGAUAUGGAUAUCAUAUCAUUCUUCCCUUCAUGGAUUCUUCCAACAACAUUACUUCUCUUCUUUACAUCCAUCUUCAUGUAUGCUCUUGGAAGGAGGAGCUCAUCCUUCAAGCUUCCCCCAGGCCCUAAGAGGCUUCCAAUAAUAGGGAACCUUCACCAAGUGUUGGGUAAAGAGGGUGUCCAUCAAACCCUAUGGAACCUCUCCAAGACAUACGGCCCAGCUCUGCUUCUUCAUUUUGGAGCCCAACCAUUCCUCGUCAUUUCCUCUAGUGAAAUGGCUACUGAAGUCUUAAAAACUCAUGAUGAGAAGCUGUGUACGCGUCCGUACUCUAAGGCUACCAAGCUACUGUCAUUCAACUACAUGGACGUUGCCUUCGCACCACACAAUGAUCAUUGGAGAGACAUGCGCAAGGUUUUGGUAUCUGAGUUCUUGGGUGCUAAAAGGAUUAGAUUAUAUAAAAACGUGAUGGAGAUUGAGAUGGAGGCUCUCAUUCGUUCUAUCUCAUCACAUUCCUUAAACACUACAGUAAACCUAGAAGAUAUCAUCUUAUCUCUAGUAUAUGAUGUCGUGGGUAAGGUUGCAUUUGGUAACAGCUACAGGGGAAAGACUUUUAAUGGUAGAACAUUGAAAGAUAUAGUCGAGGAGGCACAGGUCAUGGGUGGUGCCUCAUUUUCGUUUAUUUUUCCAACAUUUGGUUGGAUUUUAGACGAAUUAACAGGGUGGAAUCGCAGGCUACAGAAAUGUUAUACUGAUUUUGAUGGCUUUCUCCAGAUGAUUCUUGAUGAUCAUCUUUAUCAAAAUGACACAAAAACAAGUGGUCAUGUAAAUGAUUUUGUCGAUGACUGUAUGUCUCGGUUGACUACAGAGGAGAUGAAAGCACUUGUGAUGAAUGUGCUUGAAGGAGCAGUUGACACAUCUACUAUAACAAUGGUGUGGGCUAUGUCCGAGCUCGUUAAAAAUCCUAGAGUUAUGCAAAAGUUGCAAAACGAAAUUCGAAGAUGUGUUGGAAGAAAAUCGAAAGUAGAUGAAUCAGAUAUUACGAAGAUGUCAUACUUGAAAAUGGUGGUGAAGGAGACGCUACGAUUGCACCCACCUGCAGCUUUUCUGAUGGGAAGGGAAUGUGUAAGUCAAUGUCAGAUUGGUGGAUAUGACGUGUUACCUGGUAUGAAAGUGAUGGUGACUGCGUGGGGAUUAGGAAGGGAUCCAAGAAUCUGGAAAGAGAACGCAGCCGAGUUCUAUCCAGAGCGAUUUGAAAACAUUAAGCCUGAUAUCGGAGGGAAAAAUUUUGAGAUGAUCCCGUUUGGAGGGGGGAGAAGAGCAUGUCCUGGGAAUAACAUGGCUACUUCAACUGUAGAAUUUACAAUUUCAAACUUGCUUUACUUCUUCAACUGGGAAACACCAGCCGGAUUGAAGAAGGAAGAUCUGGAUAUGAAAGAGAAUGGCUUCCCGUUUCUUCGUAGGACGACACCUCUUUGCCUUGUCCCUACAAAGCACAACUGGGAAGACUAGGAAUCAGUUUGUUCUUUCCAUUAAUGAUAUGUUGGAUCAGGCGUGAAUAUACUCCAUGCGGGUCAACAUUUUAUGUAAUUUCAUUAUCGCUAUAAAACAUUUCAUUAUCGCAAUAAAACAUAUCACUUCGAGUAACAUGUGUUUUCCAUGCAACAGGAUGUUUUUUUUUCCUUUGUUUUUUUUAUACCUUUUUUGAGGAAUGAUGUUCAAAAAUUGUGAGAAAUUAAAUUUGCAUCGUAUAAUGUAAUUUGGUCACAAUUUUUUACAUAGUUUAAAUAUAGACUAAAUUAUUGAAAUUGUAGUUGUGGUUGUGGUAAAUCCUAUAUUUUGUCUGUAUUGGGAUAAUGAUUUAAAAG